CAUCAGCAACAGCAGCACCUUCAGCAAAAUCAGCGCCACCAGCAACAGCAGCAUCAUCAGCAACAGCAGCACCAUCAGCAACAACAGCACCAUCAGCAACAACAGCAUCAUCAGCAACAGCAGUACCAUCAGCAAAAGCAGAACCAUCAGCAACAGCAGCACCAUCAGCAACAACAGCACCAU